AUGCCAUUGAUCCUCAACGGAUCACCCUUCUGCCGAGCUCUCACUCAUCAUCCUCAAACUGAUCUCCUUCCGCCAGCCCUAGUUCUUCAAAUUGACAAUCAAGGACAGCAGUAUGGAGAGGUGAAUCAGUUGGGGGGUGUCUUUGUGAAUGGUCGUCCAUUGCCAAAUGGUACUCGGAUGAGAAUUGUUGAACUGGCCAGGUUGGGAAUCCGACCGUGUGAUAUUUCGCGCCAAUUGCGCGUGAGCCAUGGAUGUGUGUCGAAGAUUUUGGCACGUUACCAUGAGACAGGAUCUAUCCUCCCAGGAGCCAUUGGGGGCUCCAAGCCACGGGUAACAACACCAAAAGUCGUCAAUUACAUUCGGGAGCUGAAGCAGAAGGAUCCGGGCAUCUUUGCAUGGGAGAUCCGCGAUAGAUUGCUGUCUGAAGGGGUCUGUGACAAGAACAAUGUGCCCAGUGUCAGUUCAAUUUCCAGGAUUCUCAGGAAUAAAUUGGGCAAUCUGACGGCUCAUCAUGCUGGAACUGCUACAGGGUCACCAGCUCAUCAUCCGCACCUCUACAACUCCAUCUACCCAUCGUAUGCUGCCUACGGGGGCGCCACACUGAAAGGGGGCGGUGGAGCGCCUGUCUGUGGCAGUCCGUCGCCCCCACAGCCCGCCACAGCCCUGCGUGCGGGUCACUGUUGGCCCUCCUCACACUCAGUCACCGACAUCCUGGCUGGUGUUCAUCAUCAAGCUGCUGUGGCUGCUCUCAGGACGGCAGGACCAUGUGCAGGAGGACCUCUGACCACUGUGCCGUCACCCACGAGUCUGGGCACCACCCACAUGACUGACCACAACAGUCAGAGCUACAACUACUACAUGUACAUCCAGAACAGCGGGGUCCAUCAGUCUGUGGACUGCAAAUACGUGUGAGCCCUUCCGGGGCCUUGCACGCAGAGGUACUCGAGUGAGAAAAGUGACUUGGCAGUGAAAAAUGGUUAAAACUUAAAACGCAAAUAGAGUGCCGGGAUGUUCAGUGUACAGACAAGGAGGAAUGAGAGGAAAUGCAGAAUUGCAGGGUGACUCGUGUGAUUUAAUUCUUUAAUUAAUGAUCUCAACUAGAACUUUUUUAAUUCUUUUUUUUAAUUUUUGUUUUUUUACCUAUUUCCUUUCUAAACUUCUUUCUGGAAAAGAAAUCAUGCAAUCUAAUGCCUAACGCACAAUAACUUUUGUUUUGUAAACAUGUUUUUGAUAUUUCAAUGAGAGUGAAUGAGAUCUAGAUCUAGUCAUCUCGCUCAUUCUCAUAGAAAAUUUUGAAAACAUGUUUACAAACAAAAAUUAUUGUGCGCUGGUCAUAAAUCAAACUUAAACAAAAGUACAUAAAGAAAAAAGCUUCAGCGGUAUUUACAACUAAUAAGCUUUUUAUCAUGGAAGAUACUAAAAGAAAUACUGCAGUAUUUGGACAGAUAAAAUAUGAAUGGUAUUUUCUACAGAAUUAAGAAAUUGUUUAAUUUUUUUAAUGAAUGAAAAAUAAUAUAGAAAAUAUGGUAAAUAAUUAAAGUUUUUAACUUUCGGCCAAGAAUUAUACAGGGAGUUCCGCUUUGAAAGAAAUUCCAGUGACGCAGAAAAAUUGCAUACCUACAGGAGAGGUCCUUGAAAUAAGUUACGGAAACGCCAUGAUGUAGGGUAGAGUCAGUACUUUUCGCCAAGCUUAUUUGGCCUCCUUAAGUGUAAAAUUUUUGUCAGACUAAAAUGAAUUAUUGUAUAACGAUACUUUGAAUCAACACCUAUCUAAAUAUCUAGGAUACUUUUCGAGAAUUUUAGUGAAUCUCAUUGAAAAAUUUGUAUUUCCACCAAUUGUUCUUGUUUCAGUACUUUUCGCCACUUAUUUUAAAAUGAAUUUUAAAUAUUUAAGAGACGUGAUAACCCAUGAAAAUAGUAGAAUAGAGCAUAGUAUGAGUGUAGAAGUACCAUUUAUUAUUAAAUUCUUUAAAUUAGUUGUUUUAUCUUAGGUGUCCAAAAAGUGCUUACAUGGCGAAAAGGGCUGACUCUACCCUAUGCAAAAAAGUUUUGGGAGCCAAUUUUUCAGCCUAUUUUCAGCGCAAACGGUUAAUAAGAAAUGCAUUUCAAAUUUACCGCGUGAAAAAAAUUGCACACGUUCAGGGGCAUUUCAAAAAUGAUUUUAUAAAGAAUCUCCCAUUAGUAGGCAAUUCAUAUCAAAUUCUUUCAAUCCGUUUUCACUUAAGCCGGAACUCCCUGUAUCUUUGUCAAAAAUAUUUGAAAAUCUUAUAUAAACAAAUAUUAAGCAUUUCAGAUUUUUUAACUGCUCUACGAAAGAGCUUUUGUUCUAAAAGGAUAUAAGAAGACUAAAAACUGAAAAUUAACUUAUCUUGGCCUUUGCCUUGAAAACUGCAUCAAAUUGGGAAGUAUUUUAGGAAAAACUGACAAUAAAAAUUUCAAUUAUGACCAGCAUCGCCCCCGGAACACCUUUUAAAUCAAGAAAAAAUCACGAAAUCAAAAUUCACCUCCUUUUCUCUUUCAAAAGUUUGACUUACUUAUGUCUAUCCUACUCUGUGGCGCGCAAAAUUAGAUUAAACUAAAUUAAAUUUGUUGUGACGUUCAAAAGAAGAAGAUGAAUAGUGAGAAAGAGUAAGAUAGACAUAUACAAAAUGUGUAAGAAAAAAAGGGAAGCGAAUUUUGAUUUCAUGAAAUUUUCCUGAUGGAAAAGGUGUGGCAAAAUCAUAAAAAAUACUUUUAGUAAGUGAAAUUGCAAGUGCAGCCAGAAAAAGUUCAAUCUGGUCAGUUAUUUAUUCAAAAUCAGCAGUAGAAAUAGUCAAUAAAAAAGAUUGACUUUCUUUAGUAGAAAGACAAAUGGAAAUGAUUUUUUAAAUGGAAAUGAUGCAAUUUAGCUACGUAACCGGAGUACGGAGCUAAGUGAUUUCUAACAAGAGUCCGGUUUUUUUUUAAUAUGAGAAAUUAGCCCUAUUUCAAAGCUGCUCCACUUCUCCCUAUUAAUAUUAAUUUAAAAAAAUAUUUCAUCAUAUUGAAAAAUUGUCAGUGGUAAAUAUUGGGUAAAAAAAACAACUGUUAUGAAAUAUUCUCUUCAAUUUUAUCUGGAUAUUUCUUUAUCACAGGAACUACCUUAAUUGUUAAAAUUACACAAAAAGUUGUAAAAUUAUGUUAGUUGUGGCUAAUUUAGAUUAAUUUUUUUUUCUAAAAUUGUCAAUACCAGAAUAGAAAGAAAAAAGGAUAGAAGAAGAAAGUACUUACGAAAACCUUUUUUGUGAGAUUUUAUUCAAUUUAGUUUAACUGCUAGCGCCACUUGCGGAAGAAAACAGCGCCUCCAUGCGGAAGAAAAGUUUCCGUAGUAACAGAAAAAAGGCAUUUAAAUUGUGUUAACACGGAAAGCGUAGAUAGAAAAUAAAAUUAAAAAGGAGAUCAUUCUGUAGCAAAUACCAAGUAAAGUCUUCUUUUGAAAAUUACUUAGAUUAAUGAAGAUUUUUUCUUCAUGGACUAUUUUAGUUCAAAUUCAAUUCAAUUCAACUGCUGCAAGAAACUGCUGCUCCUUUUUUUAAUCCAGAAAUAUUAGUUGUGAAAUUCCGUUCUGCAUGCUAAAUAACAAAUUUUGGCAAUUUCAACAAAAUCAUUCGGAAGUGCUUCUUCACAGCCAAUAAAUUCCUCUUCAAACUGAACCUCUCGAAGCCAAAUUCCAGAAUUGAAAAUAAACCAACAUUGAGUCACCCUGCAAUAAAGUGCUUUGAGUAUUUGAGGGAGAUGAAAAAGAAAAGGCAAUUUCUCAGAGAGCAACUCCGUAUACGAUAAUUUUAGCCAAAUCUCUAGGGCGAUAACGAAAAGAAAUUUCCCGCUUAUCUCGCUGCAAUUCUUUAUAAUUUUAGUGCGCUACUGUAGAAUAAUGAAAAAAAUGAUACAAAGGUUCUUAUUAAGGAUUUUUUUCUAGUGUUUAAGAGCAAACUUUCACAAGAAAAGCAAUUUGUGUAAUGUAAAGAAUAGAAGUGUAAUUUAAUGGUUUUAUUUAAUUAAAGACAUCGAAAGCCAAGAAAGUGUCAGAGGA